AUGGGUCGCUCAAUUGUCAAGACGUGUCUUUCUCAUGGCGACAAGGUCACUGCUGUCGGCCGCGUUGGCGAGCACACGCUUGAUCAGAUGCAAGGCUGGCACGACUCUUGUCUCGGCCUCUUGUGCGACGUGAGAGUCUCUAAAACAGUCGAGUCUGUCAUCGAGAGCACCAUCCGCCAUUUUGGCGCCGUGGACGUCAUUGUCAAGUCAGUAUACCUCCUCCAAUCUCUCUCAGAUGGCUUCGAUCUCAUCAUUGAUGUCGUUAUNAGCUGCACCGGAUAUGGUGUCAUUGGAGCCUGUGAAGACCAAGACGUUUGCGAUCUUCGUGCUCAAUUCGAAACCAACUUCUUCGGCUGUCUCAACAUUGUCCAGCAGUCACUUCCCUACUUUCGCAAACGCAAUGCUGGCCGAUAUCUCAUUUUUUCUUCGACCUCCGGUGCACUCGGUGUCCCAGGCCUCGGUCCCUAUUGCGCAACCAAAUAUGCCGUAGAAGGUUUGGUUGAGAGUCUUCUCUACGAGGUCGAUGCUUUCAACAUUAAGGCCACCCUUGUCGCCCCAGGCCAUCUCCGUCUCGACGAACCCACGGGACUGGAUGACAAGGGUUCAGAUUCAGCAGACAAGAGCCGCCUACCAACCUAUGGCCAUUUCCUGGUCAAGUCGCCGUCUCAGCCUUACGAGAGCCAGAAUGCUCCUGCCGCACAUGCUAAGCGCGUGGUUCAAUGGCUUAGCAAUCAGCAACCCACCAGUGCUGUCAAGAGCGCCGAACUUACCUGGCAGGACCAGCAGACACCACAGCCUACAGGGGAAGACUCGACGUCACAGCAUCAACUGACACCAGGCGAUGAAAUUGCAGAAGUCGCAGAUGGGGACAUGGAAAUCGACGAAGGCUGA